UGUUUAUUUAGCUUAACCCACGUGUAUCUCAUGGUUUGGUGCGUGGUCCAGGAGAACCAGCAGAGCAUUGUACUGUGAGUUCACCUCUGUGGCAGGUUCAGCACUCGGCUGCACGAUGGCUGACUGGGACUACGACUAUCUGAUCAAGCUGCUGGCGCUGGGAGACUCGGGCGUGGGGAAGACCACCUUCCUCUACAGGUACACCGACAACAAGUUCAACCGCAAGUUCACCACCACAGUGGGCAUCGACUUCAGAGAAAAGAGAGUAGUGUACACGGGGACAGGUGCUGAUGGGGCGACUGAGAAGAACUUCAGAGUCCACCUUCAGCUCUGGGACACAGCCGGACAAGAGAGGUUCCGCAGCCUCACUACAGCUUUCUUCCGAGAUGCCAUGGGCUUCCUGUUGAUGUUCGACUUGACCAAUCAGCAAAGCUUCCUCAACGUCAGGAACUGGAUGAGUCAGCUGCAGGCCAACGCGUACUGCGACAGCCCGGAUGUGGUGCUGGUGGGCACCAAGGCCGACCUCCGAGACGUGAGGGACGUUCAUGCCCGCCAGGCCAGAGAUCUGGCAGACAGAUACGGCAUCCCUUACUUUGAGACGAGUGCGGUGACGGGUGUGGAGGUGGACCAGGCCGUGACCACCCUGCUGGAGCUGGUGAUGAAGAGGAUGGAGCAGAGUACGUACGGGGGCCACGGCGCCGAACCCAACGGCAGCCCCCUGUCCAGCAACGAGGUGGAGGAGGCCCCCGCCACCAGGAGGUGCUGCUGAUGUCACCACCAGCAGCCGCUCUUUUCACUUUUUGCCCCACGUAAUGCCGCAGUUUCAGAUGCUUCUGUCUCCUGAAGGUUGACGAGGGUGCCUGCUCGGUGAGACGUUUAAGAUACGAUCCAUACAUGAGACGUGUAGCGCUUUGGAAGUCUGACCACUACAGUACUGGUAACAGCAUGAGCUCCCCGUAAUGGUGUUUAUUCAGUCUGUGGAUUGUUAUGUGAGAAACAGGAGCAAGACGUUUAAAGAUGUGUAUAACAACUGAUAUAAGAACUCAUCUGACAUAUCGGAACAAGCAAACAUUUGAUCCUCUUUGAAGCCGUGUCUGUUAAAGAAGGUGAUGGACUCAGAGACAGUUGACAUGUUGAAGGUGUUUUUAUAAUUCAAAUGAAGAACAAAAGACAAAUUAGCCACAUGGAAACAUUGAUCACCCUGUUAAACAAGAUGUGUAUCAGGUUAGAUGUUGUCUUUGCUGUUAGAGGUUGUUCAUGCAAAGACCUGUGAAGCCCUCGAAGGCCUUCAGAGAAAAGCUGGUGGAUGUCGGAGAGUCUGGCAAGGCCCUGAAAAACAAUAGUUUGAUGUAAAUCUUUUUGCUGGAAGAAAAAUCAUCUCCAAGUGCCGUAGAUUUAAAAAGAACGCGGAAUUGUUCCAGAUGUUGCAGGAAGUUCGGCUCCAGAGUAGACUGAUGCAGAAAGACGUCUCCAGGAUCUGCAGGUGACUCUACAGGCGGCGUCAAAGUGUUGCAUCUACAGUCAGACAGAGGCUGACCUGCAUGGAGGCCGGCCUUGAAAGACGACAUCGUGCCAGUGAUCAGACCAGGCCUUUUGGAAUGAUCUGCUCUGGAAGGACGACUGAAAGCAGAGUAGUUUGGGGGUUCUUUGCUGCCUCUGGACACGGGCAGCGAGCAGUCGCUGAUCCAGCUGUGACUGAAUCCUUGAAAACAAUGUGAGGCCGUCUGUUGGAAAGUUGCAGUUGAACCUGUGGUUGGUCUUCACUUGGACAAUAAUCCCUAACAAACUAGCAGGUCCACCGAGGAAUCGAAGAAAUGGAGGUCAAUGGCUUGACCUGGUCAGAUGAUCCCAGAUUUGAAUCCGAUUGAAAUCUUGGGGGAAAUUUGAAACAAGCACAAAAGUCCUCAAACAUGUUGAAGGAAAGUGUUCCAGAUGUUUAUCAAGCUGAUGUCAGAGACAAGGAGUUAUUUCUGCUAAAGAGGGAGACGCUAGUUUGAAGAAUAUUACGUCUCUUGAUAUUUUUGUUCAAUAAGUAAUUGAAAAACAAUAUUUUUUUCUUGUAGUGUUGAUCAGACGUAUCACCUUCACCUGUGUCUCAAACAGGCUCAAAUGUUUGCUUCUCCAUAUACGUCUAAACAGCCAACAUGGGAUGUGACUUGUUGUAAGAAGUUGGUUAUAAUUCAGGAAAAAGUCAAUUAUCGUCAUCAGAUCGGUCAUAUCAGAGCAAAAUACCGUUUUUAUUUGACACGUUGAGGCAUUGAUGGAAGGAAUAUGCAGGCACAUGAUGUAUAUUUAUCAUGGAGUAUAAUCAAAAACAUUUAAGACAUGGUUUCUUACAUGGACGAUGGCUUCUGUUAGAACAACCGAGAUAGCACAGUCCCUUACAUGAUUUAUGACUUUUAUACGACAUGUACAUAAGCAGCCAAGCUUUUCUAUGCAUUAUGGAACAAAGUCACCAUGCAGAUCGAACACAGGUACGAGAAUGUUAAAGGGUUGUUGGAGCGAAUCCUGUGUAGUGCUGAAUUUGGAAUAAAGACAUUGUGUGUUCAUGGUUA